AUGUGUGUGGCUCGUAGAGAAAUCCGAGAGUAUGGCCACGCCGAUGUCAACAUCCUGAACUCGGGCGACUAUUACGCCUAUUGCCUCUUCGUUGGUCUGGGAGAGACGAUGCGCGGCGCUCGAGGUGGGAAGACCUUCGCCGUCGAUAUCAGUGGCGCGAGGCCCAACUGGGUUAUGGAAGAUUUCAUACAGAAGGAGACCGCUUCCACGCCAUCCUCGUCUACAACGAUCUCGAUCCGUACCAUCAACGAGGUUGAUGGCAUCGCCCGCUGCACAUAA